CAUCCAUAUUUAGCUUGUUAUUGUCUAACUGAAGAACUCUUGCUAAUGAGAUUAAGGAUUUAUUGUGAGGAAAAGCUUCUUAUGCGUGUGUUAACAGAAACCUGACGGUGUUAGCAGACUCAGUUAACAAACCUCCCUGCAGAAGGACAGUUCAGCUGCGCCAUAUUAGCAGCAAUCCAAAUCAGAACAAAAUGGCUCAAGCUCUAUUUCUACUAGCAUCGCUGCUGUUCUUCAGCAAUGUGGCUCACUCUGAUUUCUCUCCAACACUUAUUGUGGAUAUGGCAAAAAUUCUAAUGGACAACUACUGCUCACCAGAAAAACUUGCUGGCAUGGAAGAGGCAAUUGACGCUGCAAGUGGUAACACGGAGAUCCUCAGCAUUUCAGAUCCUGUCUCCCUUGCCAGUGUUCUGACUGAUGGGGUUAAACAAACUAUUUUUGAUUCCAGAGUGCAAGUCACAUAUGAGCCAGAUUACAUACCUGUAAAACCCCCAGCUAUCCCUGACAUCCCACCAGAACAACUGGCCGAAAUGAUCAAAGGCACUGUCAAAGCUGAGGUCCUGGAUGGUAACAUUGGUUACUUGAAGAUCCAACACAUCAUUGGAGAGGAGAUGGCUCAGAAAGUUGGGCCUGUUUUGCUGGAGUACAUCUGGGAUAAAAUCCUCCCAUCAUCCGCCAUGAUUCUUGACUUCCGCAGUGCAAUCACCGGUGAGCUGUCUGGAAUCCCAUACAUUGUGUCCUACUAUACCGAUCCUGAGCCUCUUAUCCACAUUGAUUCUGUGUACGAUCGCACCUCCGAUGUCACCAUAGAGCUUUGGUCCAUGCCGACCCUAUUGGGGAAAAGAUAUGGCACCUCCAAACCCUUGAUCAUUCUGACAAGCAAGAAUACUCUUGGGAUUGCAGAAGAUGUUGCAUACUGCCUUAAAAACCUGAAAAGGGCCACCAUCCUUGGGGAGAACACAGCUGGGGGAAGUAUAAAAAUCAACAAAAUCAAGGUGGGUGACACGGACUUCUAUGUGACUGUGCCAGUUGCUAAGUCUAUUAACCCCAUCACUGGCAAGAGCUGGGAGGUCAAUGGAGUUGCACCAGAUGUUGAAGUUGCUGCAGAAGAUGCCCUUGAUGCUGCAAUUGCAAUCAUUAAACUCCGUGCUGAAAUCCCAGGGUUGGUUCAAGCGGCAGCCGAACUGGUUGCAGACAACUAUGCAUUUCCGAGCAUCGGGGACAUUGUUGCUGAGAAGCUGAGAGCUGAUGCGGCUAGUGGGGAAUACAACCUGAUCCCCACAAAGAAAGAACUGGAAGUAAAGCUCUCUGCUGACCUCCUAAAACUUUCAGGAGACAAGUGUCUGAAGGCCACCAGCAAUAUCCCCGCACUUUCUCCAAAGAAUCUCACGCCUGAGAUGUUCCUUGAGCUCAUCAAAGUUUCGUUCCACACUGAUGUGUUUGAAAACAACAUUGGUUACCUUCGCUUUGACAUGUUUGGAGACUUUGAACAUGUUGCUAAGAUCAUUGCGGAGCACGUCUGGAAUAAAGUGGUUGAUACUGACGCACUGAUCAUUGAUUUGAGGAACAAUCUUGGUGGGUCCACCUCCUCCAUUGCUGGCUUCUGCUCAUACUUCUUUGAUGAAGACAAGCAGAUUGUUCUCGACCACGUGUACGACAGACCCUCCAAUACCACAAGAGAUCUUCUGACCCUUACACAACUUACUGGCAGGAGAUUCGGCAGCAAAAAGAGUGUGAUAGUCCUCACCAGUGGUGUGACCGCUGGUGCCGCCGAGGAGUUUGUUUUUAUCAUGAAGAGGCUGGGACGUGCAAUGAUUAUUGGAGAGACAACCCAUGGAGGUUGCCACCCCCCAGAGUCCUUCAGUGUUGGUGAAAGCGACAUCUUUCUAUCUAUUCCAAUCAGCCAUUCAGACACUGCUCAGGGCCCUUCCUGGGAGGGUGCUGGCAUUGCUCCUCACAUUCCAGUGCCCGCUGAUGCCGCCCUCGACACAGCGAAGAGCAUCCUCAAUAAGCAUUUUUCUGGCCAAAAAUAAGUUGUUCUUCAUGGCCUGGUAUGGAAGUCGAAUGAUACUGAAAAUUAGUUAUUUAGAAGGAUGACAUGUAGUGAAGAUGCUGUCAUAAUCUGUGUACAGUACUGUAGAUAUUUAAGGUAAUGUUUAGAAAGUACAUUUUUCUAUUCCUUCUCUUUUUUUCUGAAUUAUUUCUAACCCAAAGCAUGCAUUCUCUUAAGCAUACGUGGUGGAGGAGAAUGAAGUCGAUGUUCUCAAAGUAAUAUUCAGAUUAGGCCUGUUCUGAAUUUAUGAAUAUACGUGUCGGGUUCUUGGUGAACUAGUUUCCUUUGUGCAGAUUAAAAUUUGUUUAUGCUUGCGUUGUAAACGUCUAUACACUAAAAAUGUCUUGUUUCAAAAGCAACUUGAAUCGUUUUCAGUAUAACUGGAGAAAAUUGCGUUAUAUUGAAACCAAAUGAUAAAAUGUAAUAAAAACCACAUGGAAACUGU